CAAUCACGCGGGCGCCACUCGCACCGUGGCGGAUGGAGGUCAGUUCUGCACCGCCGGGCCAAAGACAACGCGAUGCAUUGGGUCUCUUUGCGGCGGCCCGCGAUGGCGCGCGGCACUCAGAUGCUGCUGCGCGGCGGUGGGGGAAAAGGGGGCGCAAGGAGGCCGGCCGAGAGUAGUCGGCCUGCGGGGCCCGCCCUCAAGCGGCGUCCGUGGGCGGCGGGGGAUCCGUCUGCAGGAACACGCAGCCGCUGCAGUGGGGAGAGGGCACGUAACGAGUGCCUUGCCUGGCCGGCCGCUUGGGCGUGUUGCGGGACGUAUUUCCCUCGUGCUGGCGCCCACAGGCGCGUGGGGGGGACGGCACUUGUGCGCUGGGCGUGCGCUGUGAGGAAAAGAAGGGAGGGAGGGAGGGUGGUGGUGAUGGAGCUGACGCCCGGAAGGGAGAGGGCGACCGCGCGGCUGCUUCCCCGGCGGUGA